CAUUUAGGAUUUUUUAGGUGUGUGACUCGAUGGGACCAGGAGCUUCAACAUGCUACCAAUACUGAUCUUCAACGAAAAUGGGGUGAUGUAAAUCUGAUGUCUGACGUCCUUCGUCGCCGCUGCCUUCAGUGGUUAGGACAUGUUGCUCGAAUGCCUGCAAUCAGAUUACCAAAGAAACUAUUAUUUGGGUGGCUGUCACAUUCUAGACCAGCUCAAGACCCCCGCCUCAGAUGGGAAGACAGGAUCCAGACUGACUUGAAACGUCAGGAUGAAGUUACACGUACCUCUCCUGAACGAUCCUUUUCAUGUGCUGUGUAUUGCCGCUCCUUUCGCAGUCAUUCAGGUGUGAAACGGCACAAGUGGAUUGUGGAACGCCAACUGCCUCUGUGUGAACAACCAGGCGCAGUGCAAUGUGCCAAGUGUCAUCGGUGGCUGAGAAGUAGGGAUGGACUAGCAAUACAUAAAUGUUUAAAUGUGUCUUCUUCAUCAUCAUCGACUCUAUUAUUGAUCCGGUCAUCAUCACUUGCCUCCAAUGAUUGUACCUCAAGUCGGAUACCGGAGCCUGAUAGGACAUGCUGUUGCUGCCAUUGUAGUCAAUGUGGACGGUGCUUCAAAUCCAAGCCAGGAUUCCAACGGCUUAACUGUCAUCAUGGCAAACGCUGUUCAGAAAAAGACAGCAGUCAACUUCCCCUGUCUUGCACAUGUGGAAGACGUUUGCGGUGGCUCAAGGACAUACAGAGACAUAAGUGCAGACAGUAACUACCUCAUCUUUCAGCUCUCUCCAUAGAUGGGCGGCGUGGCAGACACUGGCAUCUGUCAUCAAGUCAAGUGUGUGUGUGUGUGUGUGUGUG